AUGAAUAGCCGAGCAUCGGCAGAUUGUGUAAGAAUCUGCAAAGAACACAACUUCGCCAAUCACUUAACUGAAUUUUUGAGAAUCCCAAAAGCACCUGAAGCUACUUCUAAUGAUUCUGUUGAUGUUGAAGCAUCUACUGCCCCUAUAAAAGAUACCACUACCAAUGGCUCCACUCCAAGAUCUACUGACGAAGCUGCUGCUGCAGCGCCCAUUUUGAAGGAUGGAGGAGGAAGGUCGGCGGUGAGCAUUGGAAGAGGAAAGGGAUGGUAA